AUGCCGGAAUCGAACAAGUCCAGCCUCGAUCAAGUUAUUCAACUCCUCGAACAAACGAGAGGCCUUUCCUUGGAAGACGCCGAACUUGAAAAGCUACCCAGAAGCCGAGGCAUUUUGCCCCAGUUGAAAACUUUGGGCGAUAUCUUGCUGGCUCAUGGCCAUCAGCGCGAGGCCAAUACCAUCAAGGAUGUUCUCACAAUCUGUGAGCAGCCCUCUGACCUAGGGGGUCUUGGCCUAAACGGCGAUGUGGAACCUUUUCCAGCAGAAAAAGAAUCAGAAAUCGUUUUCCUUGUUUCCGCUUGGCUCGAGUCACUCAAUUCCGCUGAUAGAUCUAGAUCCCGGCAAGCUCCGCUACCUGUACGACCAGAAGGUCGUCGUGGAAUGACUCUAAGCGAGAAGAUCUUUGCACUACAUGAUGUUGACCAGAAAGGCUAUGUUGCACCUGGGGAUCUGAUUCGAGUCGAUGUUGACUGGGUGAUUGCAUCGGAGGCUUCAUGGAAGGGAAUGGAGAAGACUUAUGAAGGUCUAGGGAGACCUAAAAUCUUCAGAAACGACCGAUUCUGGCUUGCAGGCGAUCACGUCGUGGAUCCUCGAAUAACUAAGAUCCCUCAAGUGAAAGCUCUGAUUGAUGCCAGUGAGAGAGCUAAGCACGUUUUCAAAAUGACGGAUUACCAAGGAAUGAAUUAUACUAUCCUCCACACAGAAUUCUACCGUGAGCGAGCUCAGCCAGGAAUGAUGAUCAUUGGCUCUGAUUCGCACACCUGUUCAUCAGGGGCCUUAGGCUGCCUGGCCGUCGGUCUUGGUGCUGCAGACGUUACCUUGCCUCUAGUCACUGGGGAAACUUGGUUCAAAGUCCCUGAGUCUGUGAAUAUCCGUCUUGUUGGUGAACCAAAGCCCGGGAUUGGCGGUAAAGAUGUGAUUCUAUACAUUCUGCAGCAAUUGAAGCGGAACACUGUUGCUGCUGAAAGAAUUGUAGAGUAUACUGGCCCUGGACUCAGAUACCUAACUCCGGACGCUCGUUUCGCGAUCUCAAAUAUGACCACGGAACUUGGAGGUAUCACGGGCAUAUUUGUGCCCGAUAAAACGACUUAUAAUUUCAUACAAAAGCGCCGACUACCGCGACACAAAUCCUCCAGUAUUUAUUUUCAGCCAGAUGAGGACGCACAGUACGCCGAAACGCAUGAAAUCGACCUAGGUAAUGUCCGCUCGUUCAUUGCCAAAUACCCAAAACCAGAUGACGUAGUUCCCGUUCCUGAAUGCGAGGGAAUGAAACUGGACGGUUGUUUUAUUGGUGCGUGUACUACUGCUGAAGAGGACCUUAUCCUCGGCGCGCUGGUCCUCGAACAAGGGCUCAAAAGAGGAAUAAAACCCGUUAAAACCGGAAAUAGAAAGGUUGUCCCGGGUUCUCUACCAAUUCUACGUAAACUCCGUGAUUUGGGCUUGGUGGAUGUCUAUGAACAAGCCGGUUUCGAAAUUGGUGUGCCUGGGUGCAGCUACUGUGUAGGAAUGUCGGCCGAUCAGGCAAAACCGGGUGAAAUUUGGAUAUCCUCACAAAAUCGAAACUUUGAAAACCGAAUGGGCAAAGGAUCCAUCGGGAACCUUGGUUCUGCAGCCACCGUUGCCGCCUCAUCCUUUGAGAUGAAAGUUAAGGACCCUCAUGAAUUACUUGCUACUAUAGAUUUGGAUCGGUGGGAUUCCUUAAGAGGAGUAUCAAAGGCGCCAACAGCCGAAUCACCGCCGACCAACAUCUUAUAUGUUGAGCCAUAUGGAACUUCUUACGCUGGUACAGAGCCAGCCGAGCAAGAAGUUGAGGCGACCUCAACCGAGGAGGCAGUAAACAGUAAAGACACAAGUGCUAGCGAGGAAAUUUUGACAGGCAAAGUUCAAAGACUCGGUGACUAUAUCGACACAGAUGCGCUGGCCCCUGCAGAGUUUCUAGUAGGAUCAGCCACAAGUGAAGCAAUCGGUUCGCACUGUCUUGAAUACACGCAUCCUGAUUUCCGCCAACAUGCCAAAGAUGGAUUUAAUAUCGUCGUAGCUGGUACCGCCUUUGGAUGUGGCUCGUCUCGCGAACAAGCCGUCAUGGCAUUGUUGGGAACUGGUGUGAAAUGUGUCAUCGCAAAAUCAUUUGCCUUUAUUUUUCAGCGCAACAUGCCCAAUCUAGGGCUUCUGGGAAUAACCGUGUCUGAUGAAUCCUUCUACAAAGCUGCUGUCGAUGGGGCCGAUGUCUCUAUCAAUCUACGAACCAAAUUGAUUCACAUAGACGGGAAAUCGCUUCCCUUCAAACUAAGCCAGAUGGAGCGAGAGCUGUUUGAGCAUGGAGGGAUUACUUCUGCAUUCAAGAAGUUUGGUAAUCACUUGUUUCAGGCGAUGACAAUGCCGAAGAACUUCGCAGGGGUCAAUAAACCCGGAAACCCAGUAGGGCCACAUGCCGGACUGCAGUGGUGA